AAUGAUUACAAUAUGUGUGAUGUUUAUUUAUUAAGUCUUCAGUGGGUAGGCGGCCAUAAGGCCUUUCGUCGAGGGGGGGAUAAUUAUGGGCCCCAGAUCCCCCUUUGCCUAGGGCCCCCAAAUAGCUUGAAACGGGCCUGCACACACACACACACACACACACACACACACUCGUGGGAAGGUUGUCACGCAGGCUGAUGCUGGAAUUUGACGGCAUGUUUGUGAUUGGUUGUUCUGCCACAACAAUCUUAACCAAUAAGAGAGUGGCCGUGUUGUCUUUAUCACAGAGGGCACGAGCUGUAGCGCUUUUUAUUUCAGAGUUGUUCCUGCAACAGAUCUGAGCAGCAGAAUGAGUGGAAGAGGAAAGACCGGCAAGGCUCGAGCCAAGGCCAAGAGUCGUUCAUCCAGAGCCGGACUCCAGUUUCCCGUGGGCCGUGUCCACAGGCUCCUACGGAAGGGCAACUAUGCUGAGCGCGUUGGCGCCGGCGCUCCAGUUUACCUGGCCACCGCGCUGGAUUACCUGACUGCUGAGAUCCUGGAGUUGGCGGGUAACGCCGCUCGUGACAACAAGAAGACUCGUAUCAUUCCCCGCCACUUACAGCUCGCUGUGCGCAACGACGAGGAACUGAACAAACUGCUCGGCGGAGUGACCAUCGCUCAGGGUGGUGUGCUGCCAAACAUUCAGGCGGUGCUUUUGCCCAAAAAGACCAAGAAGACUGUCAAGACCAAAUAA